AUGAGCUCCUGGGCGGAGCAGGAAGCGCAGUGGCGCCAGCAGCGAGCCGAGCUCUACGAGGAGCUCUACGAGGGCGGCAAGAAGGCGCUCAACCGCGAGGGCGUGCGCAGGACGAGGCAGAACUUCACGCCCGGCGCAACGCUCGAGUCCAAGCCGUACGUGUUCCCGAGCAAGAACGACGGCGUCGCGCUCAUCUGCGCGCCGAUCCCCGUCGAGAUGGCACAGCGCUGUCACGCCAUCGGCAAGCAGCUCACUGACCUGCUGCCGCGUGAGACCGAGACCAACAACGCUGUGGCCUGCGUCACGCGCCGCGAGCUCAUGCACGUCACGCUGUUCCACACGUCGCACCCGGGCGACCUGGCCCCCAACGCCAAGCUGCGCUUCCCGCAGGACGUGGCGCAGCUCAAUACCAUGUGCACGCGCUUCGCACCGUUCCGCAUGGCCCCCGUCAAGGUGCUCAUGGCCUCCUCGGGUGCCAUGAUCAUGCUGUUCCAGUGCCUGCCGGCCACAGAGAAGAUCAGCGGAGUCGUGAACGAGCACGCAGAGUUCUCCGUCGACCACAUCCGCCGCGUGGCGAAGGAGACCUUCUCGUACGCACCCAAGACGGACACGCGCGUGAUCAUCCACGCGACGCUAGGGCGCGUGCUCUCGCCCGACGUCAGCGAGCAGGACCUGGACCGCCUGCGUGCGCAGUGCGACGCGAUCACGGCCGAGCUGGCGGUCGACCCGCAGCCAGCGCUCUUCGACAAGCUCUGGUUCGUGGAGGAGACCCACCACCUGUCUCCGCAGGGACCCAAGACGGACGUGCCGCUGUUUGGCGGCGUGCACGAGACGUCGUAGCAUGCGGAAACGGAACUGGCAAUGGACUGUCAAGCCCCGUUGUCCACGGCUGCCCGUACAGACAGAGCACACGCAACCUGCGAAUUGAGUCAAC